AUGAGACUUACAACAUCUACCCUGUUUACACUUUCAGCUUUGCUUGGGUCAGUUUCUGCGGCCCCAGCCCCUAGAGCUGAAGGCAAAGCUGCUGCGCAAGCCGAGGAUUGUACCACGACUCAAAAUAGCUAUCAUCAACACCAUCAACACAAGAGAGCUGUGGCUUACAAUUAUGUGUAUGUUACGGUCACGGUUGACGCUGGUGGAAACACCGUGUCUCCGACCGUUGAAGCGUCUCUUGAGAGCAAGACUGUGGACGCAACGUCUUCAUCAUCCUCGACUACCAGUGCUUCUUCGACAUCUAGCUCUAGCUCUAGCUCUAGCUCCCAAAGCGAAACCAGCAGCACAUCAUCUUCAUCGUCUUCCCACAGCUCCAACACCUCUUCUUCUGGUGGAAUUGACGGAGAUCUUUCUGCUUUCUCCGAUCCUACUGAGUCCUUUGAGGAUGGUACAAUCUCUUGUUCCGACUUCCCAUCUGGUCAAGGUGUGAUUGCCCUUGACAAUUUAGGAUUCGGUGGAUGGUCUGGACUUUACCAUUCUUCCGAUACUUCUACUGGUGGUGAAUGCAAGGAUGGAACAUACUGCUCCUACGCUUGUCAGCCUGGUAUGUCCAAGACUCAAUGGCCAUCUGACCAACCAGGUAACGGUGUCUCUGUCGGAGGUCUAUACUGUAAGAACGGUUACCUUUACAGAACGAACACCGAUACAGACUACCUUUGCGAAUGGGGUGAAGACACCGCUAGAGUGGUGUCUGAGCUUGACCAAUCCGUCGCUAUUUGCAGAACCGAUUACCCUGGAACCGAGAAUAUGGUCAUUCCAACUGUUGUGGAGGCUGGUGGCGAGAGUAUCUUGUCUGUUGUUGACGAAGAUUCUUACUACCAAUGGCAGGGUAAGAAGACAUCUGCUCAAUACUACGUUAACAAUGCAGGUGUUUCCUAUGAAGAUGGCUGUGUGUGGGGAACUUCUGGAAGUGGAAUUGGAAACUGGGCUCCACUGAAUUUUGGUGCCGGUUACACUUCUGGAACCACAUACCUGUCCUUGAUUCCAAAUCCAAACAACUACGAUUCCGCAAACUUCAAGGUCAAAAUUGAAGCCUACGAUGAUAGCAGUGAUCUUCAAGGAGAAUGCUAUUACGAGAACGGAUCUUAUAAUGGCGAUGGUACAGACGGAUGUACUGUUGCCCUUACUUCUGGUAAAGCCAAGUUUGUGUUAUACUGA